AAGAAAACCUACCGGAGAAAUUAUCAGUUCUGACUGAUCUGUUCCCGAAGACGCUGAAAGAGAACCAGAUGCUACCCGACACACAAAACAUCAAAAACCAGUUUCAGUUUGUUAUGUAAACAUAAGAGAACCAGUUUCUAAUAGUUAUUCAAAGAUAGAGACUUGGCUUCGGCAGCUUGUUGUGGCGUUGUUAUGUAAACCUGAAAACCGGUUACAGCUUGUUAUGUAAACACUUCCUGGAGAAACCAAUAAUCAGUCCAGAAUUGUAGUUUUCUGAUCCUGAAGUGGAGAAAAUAAUGUGAAUCGAUCUUGGAACUUUAUAUGAAAGAAUGCGAGGAAUAACCUAAGAUCUUGUAUGAUUUGACCCGGUGGUGGGAUGGGCGGGAAAUGUUUUCUCCCAACUAUUCAUCAAACCCUCAAACCAGAUUAUCUCCUGGAAUGAGUACACCGCCAAGUACAACAUGGAGUACAGCAUACACAGACCAUCAGAGCUCACCCGGAUCGUACAGUACAUGGGGUACGGAUCCAGUCGGGUCGUACAGUACAUGGAGCACAGAUCCCAGUACAACAGAUAUGUUCAACACCACAGAACUAUUUUCCAAUGGGACAGAAGCUUCAAAUCCUCUGCUUCCAGCGUACAUAGCGUACACAUCCCUCUCCCUCUGCAGUAUAGUUCUAGGUAUUGGUGUGCUGGGGAACGUGCUGGUGAUAAUCGUGAUCCUGACCUCCAAGUCCAUGAGAUCUUCAACCAAUCUUUUUCUUCUUAAUCUCAGUAUUGCUGAUCUCCUUGUACUGGUAAUAUGCUGCCCAAACGGUAUGAUAGAGAUGUACAUGCGAAGGGAUAUCUGGUUGAUGGGGAAGGCGAUGUGUCAUUUAGUUCCAUUUAUCGAACUGGUUGUAUCCCAUACAUCAGUCCUAACUAUACUCGCAAUUACGGUAGAAAGGUACUAUGCUAUCUGUUUACCAUUGCAAGCUGGGAUGAUCUGGACAAAAAGUAAAGCAGGUUUAGUCUGUCUUGUAUCCUGGAUCCUUUCCAUCCUACUCACUUCUCCAGUACUAGCAAUGGCAACCUACAAUACAUCAACCCCUCCGACCUGUACAACUGAUGUUGAUGCUCCCUGGACUAAAGUUUACUUCAUGACAAUUAUCAGUUUAUUCUUCUGGUUUCCCCUGGUAAUAUUACUGAUCUUGUAUACUACUAUUGCUAGAAAACUGACAGCGAAGGGUCCUCCAAAUAAACAUAUGGGUUCUAGUUCUGCUGAGAAAGACAUGAAAGCAGCAGAACGAGCAGCUCUAACACGAGGCAGGAAGCAGAUCGUUCUUAUGCUUGGAACAGUUGUUACAUUCUUCUUUGCUUGCCUGCUGCCAUUCAAGGUUUUAACCAUGUGGAUUGUAGUUUCUCCUGUCGAAGUAUUCGAUGUUAUAGACAGUGAGGUGUACUUCAACCUUCUCUACUUCUCCAGGUUGAUGUUCUACAUCAACUCAGCAAUCAAUCCGAUCCUGUACAACACCAUGUCAUCCAGAUUCCGUGAAAGGUUCCGGCGUGUGUUUGGGUGUGGACGGGUGGCGGGGAAAGCAAGACUGUGGGCUUAUGGCGGAACCCAACAGUCUGGUAGUACAACAGCUUUAACUUCCUCCUCCAGGCAAUCCCGAAACGAGAAGCUGUUAAGUAAUUCGAGCAACAAAAUCAGACGGGAUCUGGGAAAAGAAUUGAGCCCCAAGCUUCAGAACAAUCACCUGGGUCCAGGGCGAAUCCAACAUGGCGGACUAGAUAUUCAAAGGAAAACCAAGAAUGGUACGGAUGGAAGUAGAACAGCAGAUCUUCUUGAGAAACGAUUAGAAUAUUUAGAUACUGAGUGUUCACUUAAGGUUCAAGUUGAACGCUUGAGUGAGAUCUCCUGUUCUAACAGCAGUAGCUGUUGUUGUGAAAACAGCAGUUGUGAUCAUACCACGUGUUCUUCUGGAAGACCAGCCGAUUCUAAACUUAUCAAAGGCAAAGAAACAGCAACUGUUCACAGAAAUAACGCAGCUGACACUUCAACAGCUGACAUCGAAGCAGGUGACUGGAGAUCAGCUGAUGUCCGAUCAACUCCAAAGCUUGGAGACAUCAAGAUCAGCAGCUUGGAUCUGGACGCUUUAAGAGAUCUUGAUCGGGAUAGUUGGAAGCCAAGGCAGAAGGUUAGAUCCAGAUCAGACGGAUCGCAGACUAAUCAUCAACAAGAUUCCUCGGAUCCUCAGUGUUUAGUUUUCAAGGAUUCUAUCCAAUCCAUCAAACAAACAAGAAGAAAGAGUUCAAUGUUGAAAGUUGCAUCUAUCCUGUCCUUCAUGCAUUAUAUAGAAAACACUGAGGAGACUUUUCUAUAGUUGUAUCAUUCCAUUCAUAGUAUUUGUUUUUAAUGCACCAUCCCAGCUUUUAUCCAGAUCUUUAUAGGCGGAUUUUACUUGCCCUCGUUUUAAACUUGCAUCAUCCCAUACCUAGUUUUUAAACUAUUUAGACUUCUGUGUAAAUUUUAUAGCUAUAGUGUAAACAUUACCCCAUUAUGUUAUUUUUGUUGAAAUUGUACUCUCCCCGUACCAGAUUUCUAUAAUUGCAUCAUCCCUUGCAUGGUUUUUAAUUGUUGCCUGCAGUGCCCAUUAUUUAUAAAUUACGAAGAGAUAAAUAUAUAGGACUCAAAAUAUUGCAAAAAAUCUAAUUUUGUGUAAAACUGUAAGUGUGCCAAAAUUGGAUUUAAAGGCUGAAAUGGGAGAGCCGAAAAUAAUUUGAAAUUAAUUCAGCUAAUAUUGAAAUAUUAGAAUAUUUUUAUAAAAAUUCCACAAGACUUUAAAUCGGAAUUCAAUCCUUUUACAGUUUACAGUCAGGUGUAGUGAACAUGACAGUAAAUGUAGUAUUUAAAAUUGCUCAGGGAAAAAUCGUUCAAAUUAAUAUAUACCGUUCAAAUUAAUAUCUACCGUUCAAAUUAAUAUAUACCGUUCAAAUCAAUAUAUACCGUUCAAAUUAAUAUAUACCGUUCAAAUUAAUAUAUACCGUUCAAGAAAACAUUUAAAAUACGAUGAAAAAAUUCUUCUUAAAACUUUUUUAGCUUGUAACAGAAACUCAGCAUGCCAUGGAUAAACAAUAUAACAUUACAAUACAUUUUAUUCAGAUAAAUUAAAAUCAUUGAGUUACUUUUUCAGAAAAUAAAAUCAGUAAAUAGAAGGAUAAAGAAAAAAAAUAAUUUACCUCGGAAAGUUGCAUGCAGGGUUUCCCUUUUUAAACUAAAAACCUGUAGCAUGGGGGGUUUCCUUUUUAAACAAAAAACCCGUAGCAUGUCCUUUUUUAAACUAAAAACCCGUAGCAUUCAGGGUUUCCUUGUUUUAAAUAAAAACCAGUAGCAUGCAGGGUUUCCUUUUUUAAAUAAAAAUCAGUAGCC